AUGGGUGGAAGAGAGCGCACUGAAUGGACAACCUUUGAAAAGUACAUGGAUGCCAUUCUCUUUACUCCAGGCCCCCAAGACGAGCCGGACUCCCGGGGACCUAGGGUGUCUUCCUAUAGAGGCGGGCUAGAGAAUGGUCCUCAGGUGACGGAGGACAGAGAAGUGCUUGUCGCGAUACUGAGACGAAGGAUGAAUCUGCUUUCUGGGCUCAGGGUGGUUGGCGCGGGGCCAAUGCGUAUUCUUGGGGACGACAAUGUUGAAAUGAAUGUGAUUAAAACCAGUGGAGAGUGUGAGAAGAAGAGUGGGACUCUUGGGUCUGUUGCUGUUGGGGCUGAUGUUUACGAUGCUGUAGGGAAUGAGAUGGUAGUAUCGAAGACCAGGGACGACAGUUUUUUGUAUGUUAGGAAAAUGAUGCCUGGCUUUGAGGCCCGGACGGAGUUCCUGUUUAGAAGAAGCUUGGAUGUGGUGGAGAGCAGAAGAACGUUGUCGUUUGCUGAACUGCACAGCGCAGCAAAGAAGGAUGGGUUUCUGGGCCUUGUGGUGGUGGAUGGAAAGCCUGUGGUUUUGAACAAGCCCUGCAGGGAGGUAAGUGUUGGGCUUCGGAGCAAGGAUGAGGGGAUUAUGGGAAAUGGCAUCCGAGGGGCAUUUACGAUUCGGCUGGACGGGCUGGACGGGUCUGGAAGAGAGGUGCAGAGUGUGAAACUGAUGUGCGGGUACCGGCGGAGCGAUUUUAGUGUUCAGUUCGACUAUCACAGGAUACACAGGGUGAUGUCUAGAGAGAAGCUAGUGGGGUAUUACCUGGACAACAAGAACAUUCCACUUGGGAGGCUCCUCGAUGGAAUUGUAUGCAUUUCGCAGCCGGGAAGCCUGAGAGAAAACUGUCUGGGGUUCUUAGAGCUGAAGACAAGCCUGUUCUUUGGAGAAGCACAGAUAUCGCCAUACGAUCUUGGAGGGUCGCUGCUGUUUUUUCUCUGGAUGUUUGGAGGAGAAGGGCUGUCUCUGACAACAAACAAGAUCAUAGAGUAUAUUGAAUAUGUGCUUAGCGAGCUGGAUGUUUGCAGGGACUCUGUCAGGGAUCUACUGUUUCUACACGAAACAUGCAUUUUUAUAAACAUGGUUAUUUCGUCUUCAUUCCGGGUCUGGAGAACAGGAAACAGCAAGAACCGAUGGCUUGGGGGAACCGGACCUGAGAGUCGGUGUGGAUGGACUGGAAGGCGUCAUGUCUGGACUGGGACUUGUCUGGGAGAGUCCUGUGUUGUCUCUGCCUACUACAGGCGCUCCCCAGGAACCUUUGUAUUCACCCUGCAGAGAGAUGGGUGUGGAGAGAGAAUUUGUAGAGGAGAUGCAAAGCCCAUUGUAAGAAGCUCUAUCGGAGAUCUUCUGCUUGAAAGUCUCAAGGCCUCUAGGACUGAGCGUAUCGGAAACCAGUCUCUCGGGCUUGGCAGGCUUCUAUUGGUGUACAGAAGGCUGGAUAAGAUUUCGAGGAAGGGCCUUGGGGGGUUUAUGGAUGAAGACGAGGUCGGCAGACUUGUUGUCUCUAUCCUUGAAGGAAAUGGCGUGCAUGAGAAAGAAGUACUUCUUCUGUGCACUAUUGUCAAGGACAUUUCGCGCAUUGUUCCCGUGAAGGUGUCUGUUCUUGAUAAGGCAUUGGUCAGAUGCAUAGUGGGUGUUGUCUCGAUGUUCAGGAAGAGACUGCGGAACCUCCUGAGAAAAGGAGAAGGAAGUGCUUCGGAUGUCUUCUUACCAAUAAGACGCUUCUAUGGAAGACUUCGGUAUCUGGGAUCCCGGAUCCACGAGGAGGUGUUCGAGAGUGACCUCCACCACGCAAUUGAGGAGGAGUGUUUCCAUAGGCUCCGGAAGGCAUCUGGAGACGUCAGGAGCGGACUGAGGCAGGUGGGGCUCUGCAGAAGGGUGCACGAGGAGCACCUUCGGACUUUCAGCUCGCUGAGGCGUGAGAUAGAGCUCAGCUAUUGCCUAGAGGAGAAAAGGGCGCUUAUGAGGUUCUAUGAUGUCAAGAGAAUAAAGAGGGUACUGAGGAGUCCGGAGAUACUCGAGAAAGAGGUUUGCAAGAUGAUUGGAGAGGGAGCCACUGCAGACGACGACAUGCACAACAGAUACAAGCUGUAUCUGUAUGAGUGCAUCAAGGAGAAUGCCGGAGUGGUUUCUAAGGACAGAUAUGACGAGACGAUGGCGGCUGUAAAUAAAUGCUUCAUAUGA